AUGUCCAACAAAGUCAAGUCCGACACUCUCCUGGGUCUCACCAAUUCCGAGCAGAAGAUCCUCCUCCUGAGCAUCCUCUGCACCGACGAAAGUAACAAACUUGACUUCGACAAACUAGCCCAGUACGGCGGGUACAAGAACCCAGCUUCAGCUAGUACAACAUUCCGCAACGCAAAGCGCAAGCUGAGCGACUACAAGCCAGAGCCACCCACCUCCGCCGAGGCCUCUGCAGCCAAUACCCCCAAGAGGGGCCGACCUCCCAAGAAGGCCGCGGCCGCGGAAACCCCAAUGGCUGCCGACUCAGAGCCCGCGGAGGAAGAAGCAGCACCAGCGCCUAAAGCGAAGCGCCCCCGUAUCACAAAAAAAGGCAUCGCACAGGUGAUCAAGAAAGACUCAGGCGAAAUCAAUCGCAGCAGUGAAGACGUCAUUAAGUCUGAUCCCAGUCCCUCCAAGGCUAAAUCCACGGGUAGCAUCAAAUCUGAGGACAGUACUAUCAAGGAGGAGGAAUGCUCCGGCAAAGAAGAGGGUUCGAUCAAGGAGAUGGAGGCUAUUAAGCAGGAACCGGAGGGCGUUUACGACGAAUGCAAGACCGAGGACGAGAGCCCCAUGACCAAUGAGGAGCUCGAUGCUCAGCUCGACGCGAUGUACGAGGCUGGUAUCAAGACUGAGACUGAGGGUGGUGCUUAG